AUGUACAAAGAAGCGCAUAUCGGCAGGGUCACGGGAACGCUUUCGCACACUUCCGCGACCCUGCCAGCGCUGGCCACCUUAGCAGCCCCCUCACGAGGAGUGACUCCCCUCUCCGCCAGGUAUGGCGCGCUGGAACAUUCAGCGCGCCUUCCUACUCGGCCCCAUUUUCACGGCCAACGAACUCCCCCGAGUUCGCUGACCGGGGCCAUGGGAGCCAGGAGAGCCAGUGCUAAUAAGCAGCAAGCCUCCCAGCCCCCAGCGGCGGACCUGGUCUGUGGCUCAGCCGCUCACCACGUUUCGGCCGCGGAGGAUAGGGAGAACGGCGCACCGCUAUACCGACACUCCUCUCCCCCCGCGGCCCCACCACAGCUGCAUCAGCGUUGCAGCCCCGCUGAGUCGCGGAGUAUAGGGAGCACGACCAACGCAAUACCGACACUCCUCUUCCCCCGCGACUCCUCCUCGGUAGCAGAAGACAGGGAAAGUGGCUCCACCACUACCACCCUCGACCUGUCCUCUGCACCCUCCAGCACGCAUCCAGAG